AGGUGUCUACCAAAUAAAGCCUAAGGUUUUUUUUUUUUUUUUUUUCCUUUUUCUUUUCCUUAUGGACAUGGUGAAUUGCUGUAUGUGAAAAACAUCUUGCGGUUGUAAGCAAAAGCUGUUUAACUUGAAGUGCAAAUGUUCAGCUUUAUCAAGAAGAAAUACUAAUUGGGUUUUAUGCUUUAUCAUAGUUAUAACUAUAAUUCAAUUUGAUAGUGCAUCCAAACACACUCUAAGCUGGUUGUAUGCAGCCUUUUUGGAGUUAUUGUCGUACAUGCUUAUAUCAAAGGCUGGAUUUUGAGUCACAAAACCGUUUACUGGAAUUGGCUAGAGAAAGAGGUUGUUUACAUAUUGGAUCAACUCAUGUGCAGGUUGUUUACAAUCUAGAUUGUCCAGCUCAGCAGCAAACUUCCUAAAGGUCAAAAUUCUGGCACCUGUUUGCUAAUUAUGUUGUGUAUGAAUCAAUGGGAGGAUCCUUAUAAAUUGUUCAUAUUCCAGGAAGCUUACAAGGCUGCAAUGCAUUAUCUAUACCAUGAUCCUUGUCCCCAAUGUUCAAAAGGAGACAUCCAGUGGAGGGCUAACCCUGGCAGCCCAUCUCAGUGACUCUCAGGAAUUGUCUAGUGAUGUUGCAACUUUUGGAGUUGGGGCUAUUCAGGUCGUUGAGGCAUAUUUUUGUUUAGGUUGUUGUCACUGUAAUUACUACUUGGUGGACAAAGCUGGUAGACAUAUACUUCAUAUUGUCUCCUCUUCUGGAAUGACACUCUCUCUUCUCUUUGUUGCAGUUGCAUUUUACUAAGAG